AUGGAGCACUCGGAGACAUGUUCGACCCACUACGUCCUCUUCGACUACGAACAAGUUCCUACGCCACCAUAUAAUUCAGCAAAUCAAAGUCGGACACACAAGGAACAACACUACCAAGCAUUAAAAUACCAGAUCCAGAAACUCCCGACACCGAGAUGGCAAGGGCUAACUACAACUGACACCUUCGGACCCGAUCUAUCCUUUAAAACAGUCAAACACGAUACAACAACCGAACAAGAAAGAGUCGCCAUCACCAAUAUCCCCUCAACUGCGACAACCUUACAUUUAACCAACGGAUCGAUCGAGAUCUCACAGGCACGAAAUGGGUUACAGAGCUAA